AUGACGAUACUACGAAGAAUUUAUUAUUUGCAAUUAUUGGUUUUCAAACCCCUUUCGUAUUGGAAAAGUCCGAUAUUUAAUAUUACAAAAAAAAAAAAAAAAAAAAAAAUGGGUGAAAAACAAAUUGAAUGUGGAGAUUUUAUUUUUCUUUGCAAUUUCGAUUCAGCUAAUUUAUCUAAAGUCGAACAGGUUUCCAUUAAACCUGUAGCUCAAACCGAACCGACUAAAAAGGAAAAAAAAAAAUCUGGUAAUGCCAAUCAGUUACCUAAAAAAAAACAAGUCGUGGAAAAUCCAGAUUAUGAAUUCAAUAUAUGGACCAAUCCAGAUUGUGUAGGAACUGAAUUUGAAAAUUGCAAUAGGACAUGGUUUCAUUUUGGAAUUACUGGUGGAACUGCAUUUAGUUUAGUCAAAUUAAAUAUAAUAGAUCUCAAUAAACAGUCGAAAAUGUAUAGUCAAGGAAUGGCCCCCGUAUGUAAAAUUGUACCUGGAAAGUGUCAGUGGGAAAGAAUUCGUGAUAAACCUGUUUUUACCUCAGAAAAUAAUGUUUUUACAAUAAGUUUUAAGUUUAGGACUACUGAAAACACUAAAGCAGUUACUUAUUUUGCUUUUACAUACCCCUUUUCUUAUAAUGAGCUUCAAACAUAUUUAUCGAGUAUUGAUUUAAAAAUGAGUAAACAAGAAAAUCACAUACCUAAAUCUGAAAUAAGAUUUAAUAAAGGAUUAAGAAUUAUUAAUGAUAUAAAUGAUGCUGUUUAUUAUCAUAGAGAAACAUUGUGUUACUCUUUAGAAAAAAGAAUAGUGGACCUUAUAACUAUAUCAUCACAUCACAAUAUAACAGCUGAGAGAGAGACUAGACUUCAAAAGUUAUUUCCUGAUGAAAAUACUCCAAGGGCUUUCAAAUUUUUAGAUAAAAAGGUUAUAUUCAUCAGUGCGAGAGUACAUCCGGGGGAAACUCCAUCAUCUUUUGUUAUGAAUGGCAUCAUUAAUCUCCUUGUCAAUAAGGAUGAUCCUAUAGCCAUACUUCUUCGCAGGCAAUUUGUAUUUAAAUUAAUUCCCAUGUUAAAUCCUGAUGGUGUAGCUAGAGGCCAUUAUAGAACAGAUACAAGGGGAUGUAAUUUAAAUCGGUAUUACCUGAAUCCAUCAUGGGAAUAUCAUCCGUCAAUUUUUGGGGCUCGUUCUGUCAUUCAAUAUCAUCAUUACGGUGAAGAAAUAAUUGAUAAUUUCAAACUGGAAAAAUUUGAUGCAUCUAGUCAAGUUGACCCGAAUGAAAUAAUAAGCGAAUCUGAUCCAUCAUCUCCAGAUAUUGAAUCUCCAAGGGUUGUAGAAUUAGAAAGUAUAUAUAAAGUUGAGAUGCCAGGGAACGACUCGGAAAAAUCCGAGUGUAAUUAUUCAACAUGUCAAGAUAAUAAUAAUAGUACGUUUACGACUCAAAAUAUAUCAAAGUCUUCCACGGAUGCUUCCAUAAAAAAUAUACCGAUUAAACGUUCAAACGAAUCAAUGAUCGAAAAGGAAUUGAGUAAAAAAUUUAAAAUUCAUAGCGAAUCAGUUGAUAAAUGUCGAUCGUCGAAAAGUUCGUUGGAAAAGAAAAAUAAUCGGGAGUCUGGUUUAUUUUUGUAUUUAGACAUGCACGGACAUGCAUCUAAAAAGGGGGUAUUUAUUUACGGGAACCAUUUUGAUAAAAUUGAAGAUAGUGUCGAAUGUAUGUUAUUUCCAAAAUUAAUGUCUGUCAAUUCUCAAAAUUUUCAUUUUUCUGCUUGUAAUUUUACCGAAAAAAAUAUGUAUCUCAGGGACAAACGAGAUGGAACGAGUAGGGAAGGAUCGGGAAGAGUGGCCGUGUUAAGGUUGACAGGUUUAAUUAGAAGCUACACGUUAGAAUGUAAUUAUAAUACAGGAAGGUUUGUCAAUAAACUCCCGCAAUGUUCCAGAGAUCUUCCUGGGAAAAACAAUUCUAAUUUAAUAGUUCCUCCAAAAUAUUCACCUGGAGUUUACGAAGAGAUCGGCCGAUCACUUUGCAUUUCUUUUUUAGAUUUAACAAAUUCAAAUCCUUGGAGUAGAAUACCAAAUUCUGAAUUUCACACAUUGUUCGGAAUCAGAGAUUGGUUGAGAUUGAAAAUAUUGUCAGAGAGUUUUCUCUAUCACAAACCAAUACCAAGAUCUCUCAUGCGAUGUAAAACCAAAUCGUCUCAAACUCAGGUAGAAGACUUUAUUGAUAACGAUAUAAAAAAUCAAAUAAAUGAAAAUAAAAACGAGUCCCCAAAAGAAUCAAUCGAAAACGAUUAUUGUAAUAACGUUAAUAAUAACAACGAGAAGUUAAUGACAAAAAAAAAAACGUCGGAAACGUUGAAUGAAGAAGAUAAAAUGGCGGAUGAGGAAAAUGUCGAGUCGACGGAAACGGAAGCUUCGGAAGUUGAAUCGUCCUCUCCCUCUGUCCUUUCCUCGUUAAGUACUACUCAUUCAAGUAGACUUGUUUCCAAUCGGCAAAGAGCCGCUAAAUUAUUAAAUAACAAAAAAGAUAGUCUAUUAGAAUAUUUCGAUAGCACGUCCGUUCCAAGAGAGUCUAAAGACGACGUUAAUAAGGAUGUUUUAAUAAUUGAUGAAACAAACAAUAAGAAUAGCGAAACAAGACACGUGAUGACGGGAGUCUUGAGAUCUGAUAUACGUCACGGGAAAAUGUUACCAAACGUAUUGAUAGCUCCACUUCACUCGAAACAAUCAGUGGUCGCCGUUGAAAAUGAUUUAGAAGAUGUGGAAAGAAAGGAAAAUUUAUCAUUCAGGAGUGGUUCGUGUAAUGCCAUAUUAAUAAAUAGAAAGGAACCACCAUCGGGUCCAUCGCAUUCAAAAAGAGCCAUGAGAGUGUCAUCGGCACUUCAAGUGAGAGGUGGAAAUACAUCCAGGCAGAAAAAAUCAUGCAUGAAAAAAGGGAUUUACUGGACGGGUGAUAAAAUUCCAAAGUAUAAACAAUUCAAUCAAAAAUCCGAUGGCGCGAACGCGGAGGAAACGGUCAACGAAUCCGAGACGAGAGUUGUAAAUCAUUGCGAAAACGAAAGGAGAACGAAAUUGUCAUCGGUUUCGGAUCAGUGUUUGUUCAGACAAAGUCCCAAACGUUUAAAAGUUAGCAAAGGGGGGGAAGAUGGUUGUAAAAUGAAAUUGUCGGAUUGGCCGAAAGAACAACCCGCAGUGCCGGGUCCAAGUUGUUCCGACAUUGUUACUUAUACGAAAUUGAAUCGACCCGCGAGUAAUACGGAUGGAAAAGAAGGAAAAACUAGCGAAAGUUUUUUUUAA